AUGGAUUCCGCUAAGAACACCCCAGUCGAGCCAGCCCACAAAGGCAUCCUUAGAGACGAGACAGUAGUGCUCCGAUGGAUUUUUGGCUGUUGUCGUUACACUCAACCUCAGCUGACCAAUGGUAUAAGCUGGCCGGAUAUACCGCAGACAUCUGUUCCACGUGGCUUUAAUUCAGAUAUCAAGAAUCUAGGAUUUCUCAGCAUUGAUGUUGACCAUUUUAAAGUAGAAAAUGGUAUAAUCCAACGAGUCGAGGUUGGUAUAUCUUACCUUAAAGCACAAGCUCUACAACAAUUACAUGGUAAAUUUACCCAAGGUGACGACUUGGCAUCCCGUGUUAUUACAUCUCGUCAUUGGGUCUUUGGCUUUAAAGGUGCAUUCUCGUGGAAAAACUAUUUCUUCUUAUUCGGCAAAGCAAUGCCAAUCAAGCUAACGGACUUGGAAACGUUGCUAAAAGGGUUCACUAAGAAACCCUAUGUUCUUGUUGUCCAUGGGGGAAAACAAGAGCUUUCACUGCUUUCACUGCUGAAUAUAAAGCUUGAACCCGUCUUUGUUAUCGAUACCUCUAAAGCGGCUCAGUUUCCGCUGCAGUUGUGGUAUAGAAACAGUCUUAAGGAGCUGCUGGAAAAGCUUGAGAUUCCCUACUCGCACCUUCACAUAGCCGGGAACGAUGCACAUUUCACGCUUCGAGUACUUCUCAUGAUAGCUGUCAGAGACGCUGGAAUCUACUUGGAAGAGAAGAAUCUCCCCGCCUGGAUUACCAUCUUGAAAGCUGUUGCCCAGUCUCCGUUACCCCCGAGACCUCCGACCAAGCGCGAGUUAGCCACUAAAGCUGAAGCUGAGCAAAAUACAACGAUCGAAGCGACAGAGGUAUAA